AUAUUGUACACGCCAAACGUCAUUUUGUCAUUUUGGUAGUGGACCAUGACGAAGUUCCAAUGUUAUAUGAUUUAUGAAAUGCUCAAGACAAUGAUUUAGAUUGUUUUGCCGAAAUUUUUGAGGACAUGUAUGAGGCAAACGAAAAACAGGAACAAAUCAUCGAAGCGAUUGAAAACAAGGACUUGUUGACUUUGGAAAACUUAAUCUGUCAUGCCAAGGUGUCUCCAAAUUUCUACAUCAAUGGGACAACUCCAAUUUGUACAGCUGCAACACAAGGAAAUGAAGCGGCCUUAGCUAUACUUCUCCGAGGUAACUGCAUUCUAAACACCCCAAAUGUAAGGGAUGACGUUUGGCAAAGACUGCCAAUACAUAUAGCAGCAUCAAAAGGACAUCUUGCCUUUUUAAAGCUUCUCCUUGACAAUUUCGAGGAUGUGAAUGUAAAAGACAGUGAUGGGCGAACUGCUUUGCACUGGGCAGCUAUAUUUGGAAACAAGGAUGUGGCUGAACUUCUCUUGAAGUCUGGAGCCAAUGUAAAUGGUGCACAGCGGGAUGGAUUCACCCCUCUCUAUGCUGCUACAUGUUUCGGACAUAUUGAUGUGUGCUGUACACUGUUACAAUAUGGGGGAGAUGCCAUGGUGUGUGAUGAUGAUGGGUGGAAUAUACUCCACACAGCAGCCAACUAUGGACACUUACCCAUUUUGAAACUUAUAUCACCCAAGGGACCAUGUUUAUCCUGUAGAACGGUUGAUGGGGAGAAUGCUUUGCAUAUUGCAGCAAGUAGCGGCCACCUGCAUAUUGUCAAGUACCUGGUAGAGUGUGGUAUUGGACUAGAUGCGCAAACAAACAGAGGUCUCACUGCCCUCCACCUAAGUGUACAAUUCAAUAAAUCAUCCGUGUUUAAGUUUCUAUUACAAGCAGGGGCAAAUAUGUACAUUCUCAACAACGACAUGCAAAGCAUAUGCUAUCUAGUAGCACUUAAGAUGGACUCAAACUUCAUUAAAAUACUGGCGGACGCAGGCUACAACUUUAGUACAGAAAGAUGGAUCCUGGGUAAUGAUUUUCCAGCGACUAACAAUAUGAAUGAGGACAUGAAGAAUUACAUGAGGAUGAAUGCAGAAAUUCCACGGACUUUGCUCAAAAUGUGUCAGUUGAGAACUGCUCGUUUACUCGGCUGGAAUUAUGAGGCUCUAGCAGACUCAUUACCUCUUCCAAAUUAUUUGAAAAAUUUGAUCAAGCAAACUGGACCGUAGUUAUUUUUUUAUUUGAUGUUUUAUUUAUGCACUGGUUGUUAUUGUUUUGUUGUAAGAAAUGAAUGAAAAAUAAUAAAAAUCAC